AUGUCUUCUACACCAAGACUUAGCCUUUACUUCCGUUACCGUUACUCCUCUUCUCAGCCACUAUCUACGCCGCUCCUUUCCCUCUCCCCAACCCCAUCUCCAACCAUCUCCCCCGUCCCACGCACCUCCCCCACUCCCCCUCGCACAUCCUCCACCUCCCCACUCGACCCAAAGCAGCUCAAAGCCUUCGAAUCCCUCAACAUCCCCACCCUCAAGAACCCCUGCGACCACCACCACCCCUCCUCCUCCAAAAAACCCCCCACCACCGUCGUAACCUGCGACACCGGCUCCCCAUUCCGCCUCGUCACCUCCCUCUCCUUCACAAACUGCUCCUCCGAUCUCUCCAUCUCCUCCACAGCCCUCAAAGCCCUUUCCCCCUCCCUCACUUCCCUCUCUUUCCACAACUGCCCUUCCCUCUCCGCUCCCCCUCACCUCCCGGACUCGCUCCACUCCUUCUCCGCCGUCUCCUCCUUCCCCCGCCUCUCGGGACUCUCCCUCGCUCGCCUCGUCAACCUCACCGACAUCACUGUCUCCUCCGUCCCUGUCUCCACCUCGGGGCUAUUCGUCAUCCUCGGGAACAUGCACGACAUCGUCUCCCUCACCAUCUCCCACGCCAAUCUCUCCGGGAACAUCCCAAAAUCCUUCCACUCGAAUCUCACAUUCAUCGACUUAUCCGAUAAUCUCAUCAAAGGACCAAUACCCACUUCGAUUACUCUCCUCUCCAGCCUCAAAGCUUUAAACUUGUCGUCGAACUUGAUCUCCGGCGAGAUACCCGACAGCAUCGGGAGUCGAAAAUUGAAUGUGUGA